ACUGAGGGGACAAGGCAAACGUGACGACGACAAGCGACCAAGACCCGCUCAACCUGCCCAUGCAAGAAAGUUCAACAAGAUUUUGUAAAAACUAUGUCGACAAUAUCUUGCCAGUCAUAAUAUAGCACACGCCUUUCAAACAAAGACAUACGUUACCCAUGUCUUGUCUGUCAGUGUUGCAACAUGACAACACUUCCCAGAACCGAAAGUAGACUUGACCAACACAAGUUCCUUCCUCUGGAAGAUUCACUUCUUUUCUCGGGGCUUCACAAUUAUCGCUUCCGCAGAGGAAGAGGAGCACUGCUUUUUCAGCUUGGAUCUCGUUCUUUGGAUGUGGGGACUCUCGAGUCAUGUACGCCGUCGUGCUCAUCGGGGUCGUACUGCGCGGGUCCUUCGCGAUGCCUCCCGCCGACAAGGACGCAUGCAACUUGUACGGCGCGGUCGGACAAACGAUGGAGCUUCCGUUUGUUUACAGCCGUCUGGCCAACACGGACGUGCUGAGGUGGACUCACAACGGCACCAUCAUUUUCAACCGCGAGCAAACCAGGGUGUCCGUCGGGAAGCCGGAGGACGUCUCCAAGACCGGCUCGCUUCUGCUGAAGAACCUGAAGCUCUCCAGCGGUGGCUGGUACCAAGCCACUGUGCGGCAUCCCAACCGGACCCUGGUGACAAUGUGGACCGGCCGUCUCUGCGCCAUGGACAAGGUGUCCCAACCGCGGCUCGGUUACAUCUGCGACCUGAAAACCGGGUUUGUCAAUCUAAGCUGUCACGUAGCCAAUCCCCACGAGUCGUUAUUCUCAUGGACGGUCGACGAUGUCAACUUGUUGGGGGCGACUAAGCAGACUUUGAACGUAUCACUGGACAGGGAGAAGAGUUUUGCUUGUCGGGUAAGGAACAGAUUCAGCACGGAAAGGAGUGAUGCUGUUCGUCCGGCAUGUAAGACUCCGUCUGCGACCGCGGCGACACCAUCAACUCUGCUUUGUUUCACACCGAAAACGAUCAUCGCCGCACUGGCGGGAGUAGCGGCUCUGUUCCUUGCCCUGCUCGUCGUCAUCGCCGCGUCGUGUCACCGAUGCGGACGAAAGAAAACCCGUAAGCGCGUUUUGGGAAAAGGGGAUUUGGGAAUGGUUUCAGUAAGACAGCCGAGAUCUGAGCUCAACAGCCCAGAGUACGAAACCAUGAGCCCCGCAGAGGUUCCCACAUCUGCGUUUCCAGAACCUUUACCCAGAACUCGUCAGUCUAGCGAAAACCUUGUCCAGAUGGAACAAGCUGCUGCUAAAGACCCUUCACCGGUUCCAAAGCCCAGGACCAAGAACCCCCAGACACCAAACAUGUGAACCCUUUGAGGGACAGCGGUUUAUACAGUACAGUGGACAGUUUAUCAUGUUAUUGGGUUACAGGGUGCACGAAGGUGUUCAAGUUGUUCUGGGCAAUGAAUCGAUCGCAACUGGACUCUUCCGUUUGUCUUUAAAGAGGGCUCGGCUCUCAUCCAAGACCGGGCUUUGUCAAUUUUAGUGUCAUGCUGAUUACAACUCUUUGUAAAAAUAUAUAUGAGACUCCCGUAUGGCAUAAAACUUACAGUAUUACACAUUUGUCUUGACUUUAAUGAAAUUGCGAUAUUAUAACUCUUCUGGGGGAAAAAAGUAUUUUCAUAUUAAAGGUUUUUGUCUUGGAAAAGAAAAAUCUGAAUUUGUUUUCAAAAUAUUACAACUCCUUCAGGAAAAUAAAUGCACAUCUUCUCAUUUUUUGACUUUCAUAAAAAAAAUAAUAAUAAUAAAUAAAAAUAAAUACGCGGCCCGGUAGUCCAGUGGUUAGCACGUCGGCUUCACAGUGCAGAGGUACCGGGUUCGAUUCCAGCUCCGGCCUCCCUGUGUGGAGUUUGCAUGUUCUCCCCGGGCCUGCGUGGGCUUUCUCCGGGUGCUCCGGUUUCCUCCCACAUUCCAAAAAUAUGCAUGGCAGGCUGAUU